AUGGCAGGGCAAGAGAUUGAGGACUUUGAUGCCGACAGUGUAUCGGACACAGCUUGCAUGCUCAAUCAUGUUCACCCUCCACCGUACAGCAUUGAUGACCAACCAUGGCCUCUGGAAACACGCAGCAUGUGCGAGUUCUGGGGAUGGGCUUUCCUGGUCACUGCCUUUAACUUUCUGCUGUUCCUCCUGAACUUUGUCCUCAUGGGCACUGUGUUUUGCAUUGUGCUGCUGCCCACUAUCGUGGUGGUGUACUUUGGGUUUCAAUGUCACUCCAGGGUUAUUCAUUCCGAUGCCUACUACUGUAAGACUAUCCUCGAUGAUAACAGUUCCUCUGCACUCAUCAUUCUCGGUUUUGUCCUAAUGUCUCCCCUGAUUGUGAUUGCCAUGGUGACCUACUGCAGUGUGGCACGCCGUCUGCGUCUCUUCCUUUGCUUCCUACCCUACUCCCAAGCCAUCUACAAAGGCUUGAAGUGGACUGGGCAUGACCACCCCAGCUUCUGUUGCUGCGGAAGAGAAUGGGAUAGCAAUUUAAAGGCUUGGGUUUGA